AUGCACGUUUCCAAAACUCUUCUGACCUUCGUCCUCGCUGCCCUCGCGGCUGUAGGUGCCGCCGCACCGGCAGGCUCCAAUACUGCAGUGGAUGCUUCGGAAGCUGACGUUCUCACCAAACGCCCCAACUUCAAGAUCGCCUACAGAGAGGCGAGGAGGAAGAGGCUGAGGCCCUGGCCUAAAUUCAAGUCUCGAUGGGUUCCCGAAACGAUGUAG